CUGGUUUAAAUGGUAACUGUCAGAAGUAAAUUUUGCGUAUAGACGGCUAUUAUUUAAUAAUUAUAAAGCAUGUCAAUAACUUUGUUAAUUUUUUUUAGCUGUCCCUAUAAACAAUGGAGCCAUUUGUAGAUCCAGGAAAAAAAUUUGAGACGAAGGAAACAUAUACAGGAUUAUCUACAUCGAAACUGACGUGCAUAACUUGCAUUAGUAAAUGGUUCCUCAGGAAUCAGAAUAUUGUGUUUCGGUCAGUAUUAACAUCGUUAGUGUUUGUCAUCUUUGUGCUCAUAGCCAUACGUAAUGGUCAAGACGGACUGUCAAGAGAGGUCAGUUUUAGGCUGACUUCCCUAGAGAAUACGGUUGGUGAUCUUACACAGAAGUUUCUUGAGGAGAAGCAUAGGGCAGACACGCUCUUUCAACAGCUGACAUCACUAGAGAAUACGGUUGGGUAUGUUACACAGAAGUUUCUUGAGGAGAAGCACAGGGCGGACAAGCUCUUUCAACAGCUGACUUCCCUAGAGAAUACGGUUGGGGAUAUUACACAGAUGUUUCUUGAGGAGAAGCACAGAGCGGACAAGCUUUUUCAACAGCUGGAGAAGUCAAGGGUGAAAAGGCGACACAACUGUCACAAAGCACACGACCAAACGCAAACAAAUGUCGCCACUAGUGUAGCAUUUUCCGCCUACUUAGCGCGCGAUCUCGAUAACCUUGGUCCAGACCAAACCGUCAUCUUCGAAAACGUGACGUUAAACGACGGCAAUGCAUACAAUCCGUUGCUAGGCACGUUCCAUGUUCCACGAGCUGGUAUGUACUUCUUUACGGUAACACUGCAAUCGUUCCAAAAACGUCGACAGUGGUUCACAUUGGUGGCAGAUCGACAGAUGCAAACAGAGCUGUUGUUCUAUCCGUUUGGGCACCAAAUGGCCACUAAUACAGCCGUCCUACGCUUGAACGAAGGCCAGAUUGUGAGAGUGGCCGCAUCCGAGAAAGGGGUCAGUCUGCAGAAUGGCUAUACAUCCAAAUUUUCUGGGUUCUUAAUGAACGAAUGCUAGUCAUUCCAUUUCCAGAUCCAUCGAACACAGAAAAUGGAUAAUGCAUGAGAUGAAGAAACAAACCAUUUGCAGUAUGUUUGGCAACAAUUGGUCAACAUUUUCGUCAUAUUAAGAUAAAACUCAGUGUAAUUGUAACGACGAAUGCGCUAUGUAAACUUGCAAAGGUUUCUUGUUUAGAGAACGAUAUCAGAUACAAGGCAUUUUAAAAUUUAGGUUACGAAAAAAAAUUAUGUCAGACAUAAACAUGACAUUCGUAAAGCGCUUCGCCUAGCGCUGUGGUUGAUUUUGGACUUUUACAAAAUGCUACUACCUUUGGAAUUGAUAAUUACAUAGUGAAAUGUUAACUAGAAGCAUCAAAGGUAUGUCAUAAUUAUAACGGACAUAAAGAUCACACAAAAGAUUGCUACAAACAAAAACAUCUUCCAAAAUUUGAGUAAACAUAAUUAAAUGAAAGCGUAUCGUCGAAGAUAUUGUGGGCCGCCCAUGUUCCUACCGUUUUUCUAUCCACCAAUGACCAUUGUUAUUUACAUGUAUAAUUUUUUGCACGUUUCAUGCAUGUCUGAUGCUCUGAUAACCACGGUGUUGCGAUCCAUUGAAGAUUGACUACGCUGUGUGUUAUGAACUCUUAUGGCCUUUCUAAGGAUAGUGUGUUUAUAUUUUGUUUAUAAAAAUAUGGUCUUAAAAUAAAUAUAAAGUUGAA